AUGGCGUCUCUAGGACUUUCCUUCACUCUAGUUUUUCUCUGGGCAAUCUUACUGACAGUUUCUAAAGCCAACAACAGCAGAAAAAUCCUGCAAACUCCCACUAACUACAAACCGCUAUAUUCUCCUCCUCCACCGCCUUAUCAACCUCCGGUUACUCUUCCUCCUCCUCCUCCUCCUCGUCCAUUUUAUUCUCACCCGGUUGCUCUUUCUCCUCCACCCCCAGUACAUUCUCCUCCUCCUCCAGUUUAUUCUCACCCCGUUGCUCUUUCUCCUCCACCUCCUACUCCAAUCUAUCCACCCCCGGUUGCUCUUUCUCCUCCACCUCCUACUCCAAUCUAUCCACCCCCGAUUGCUCUUUCUCCUCCACCUCCUACCCCAAUCUAUCCACCCCCGGUUGUUAAUCUUCCUUCUCCUCAAGCUUACAGAGCCUUCUACUACAGGAAAUCUCCUCCUCCACCUCCCUCCAGGAAGCCUUGGUGGUGGUUGUUGUAGACGGUAAGAAGUGGCUCAGGACAAGACAGUUUCAAUGUCUAUAACAUUAAAGAGUGCAUUACUGAUGUCUUAACUUGGUUUUGAUGUUUCUAAUAUC